GGCAGAUCAUGACGUCACGUGUGCUAAGAUGUCAUACCAUUGUGAUGCCUUACUCUGUGACGUCAUAGGAUUACCUCUGACAACCAGCUCAGGGCAGAAAGGGGAGUUUUGCAUCUCUGGCAUAAUGAUAAAAAACAAAAAGCCACCUAAAUCGAAUAAAAAAGGGAAAAGUAAAUCCAAAAAGUCCAAGAAAGGGAAACGGAAACAGAAACAAGGGAUAAAAAGCACAGACGCCUUCAAGUUUGUCAGUUCCGCCAAGAGAUCGCCCUUCCAACGAGAAAGGUGGCCGGAGGACUCCCCCACCCCUAGGCGCCAGGUGCAGCUGAUUAAGGAAGCGAAGAAACUCGACAAAAUUGUACAGGAUUUGAAGAGAAGGAUUGAAGCGCUCCCCAUGAAGAACCGCCAAGUUCCUACGUCAGUUGACCCCACGGUUUUGGGGGUGGAGCUUUAGCUGAGAUUAGCAGCCAAGUCACCAGUCAUCGUUGAGAAAACAGGCUGUGGCCGAAAGGUUCAGAUAGAGAGAAAGCGAGCUGAUCAGCGAUUCGUCCCACUGUACAAUAUCAACGACCAAUCAGAUUGUCGUAUAUCUUGUAUCAUGAAACUGAAUAGAAAAGGUGGUACCUACAGACGGGUAUUAAAACCGAUCUGAAUAUCACUGUAGAUCCAUACCAUAAUUCCGUUAUAGUUUAAAGAGCUAGUGUCAGCAACAGUUGCACCAGUACGUCCUGAACUAGAAAUGUAGUGCUGGUCCCCUUUACUAUAGUGUUUGUUAGUUUCUCUGCCCGUUUGUAAAUACAAUAUUAUAUCUUAUUAAGCAUGUUAGUGUUUUGUUUAUAGAUGAAUCAUGAUGACGGGGUGGAAGUAAUGUUUGAGCAUAUACUAUCUUAGUUUUACCAUUUCAGAUUUAUACAAAAGGUGUUUUAUACAAUUCAGUGAGUGAAACCAACUUCAUGUUUCACACCAGGGCUUGGACAACAUGUCUUCACUGCGAACCCACUUUUUUCACUUUGUUUUUCGUUCCUUCUUGCAGAAAGUUAUUAUUAUUUCGUUUUGUCAUCUAUUCCAUUAACGUCUUACUAACACACCAGUGAGCACAUGUGAAAUGUUGCAGAGUUGACAGAAGGGGGUAUGACAUCUGUCGACUUUGCACACCAUUCGUGCACCACACUUCGUCUAUGAUCUGUCUGACGACCAAAUCGAUGCAAGUACUUGUAAGGGUCAAAAUGGAGACAGUGGAUUUAGCGUCCGAACUACAUAUACCAUAAUUGCUAUUGGAACGUGUGGUCUUAUCUCUAUGCUUUUUGACACAUCUAAGAUUUUAUGUGCCUUUCCAUUGGCAUGUGACAUAUGUUUGUCAUGA